AUGAUGCGAGGUUGGAGAAGGGCCCCGCGGCGUAUAUCUAGAGGCAAAGCGUUUGGGGAGCCGGGCCUUGCUGGAUCUUGUUCUCGAAGGCGAUUUUGGCUCAGAACUUUUGUCCAAGUCGCAGCUACCGACAAUUGUGCUCGAAACGGCCAAUGUCCCACACGACCACAUAACAUAGGCCCAAGGCCUUUCGCGCUAAGCACGCACACACGAACGAUAACCAGUGCCAAGGCGCCCGCUCGUGCGGGUGUUCAGCACAUGCUUCGACCGGCGGAUACUCAGACAGCAGCUUCCGGUGUAUCUGGGCUCCGGCUGCGCUGGGCGGCUAAUUGGCCAGGCCCGGUACGCAUGGCGCGAACACAGAACCGCACUCCGCGUGGUGUGCGGGUGGCGUCCGACGGCACAGGACAGGGCUUACAGCAACAGCGCCGUCGCCGACGCGCAGAACGCGGCCCAGCAGCGGUGCUUGGCGUGUGUGACUUCAACGUUCGGAGUGAGGAUGUGGAUAGUCACGUGUGUGCGAGCCCUUCCUACGCACCCGUGCAGAGUUAUAUCACGUGCGGCACCCGAACGUUGCUUCUUCUGGGUCCGAAAUCUCAUCCCACUCGCACCCAAAUUACCCGCCCCCUCAGAAACGACGCAGCUGGCCUGAAAGCUCCGGCACACCUCGGCUGCCGCAUCACCCGAUGUAUGGAAGCCAACGCGGCCCGGGCGCCGCUGGCGCUGGCGCGCCCGUCUACGAGCUUCGCCUCGAGCGCCUCUGCCGGGCGUCCGUUCGCACCUGGACUAUGGUUCAGCUACCGGUUUUCUCGAAGCUUCCGCGCCCGUGCAAAUCCACAUCGUGGGCCCAUUAGGCGCCCAUUCGUGUCAAAGUGGUGCGACAUCCUAUUCAUCACACAUGCGGGCACACCACCCGUGCAAGUGGCGCAUCGCACAAUCGGUCGCGCUCCGGGCUGA